CAUCCGCUGCCGAAGAUAUACUCCUUGUUGAAAAAAACGUGUCCCGCUCAUUUUCUGUCGACCAACAAUGGCCCGUUUCUUGGCCGGCGUUAUCGAUUGAAAUCCCAAGUUAUUUAUAGUUUUUUUUUUUUCUAUUUCACUCUCUAUCACGUGGACUAUUGUCAAUUUAAAUCCUACUGCCUUAUAAAAUUAAAAAAAAAAAAUGGAGAACCAACAUCAUUUAGAUGCCGGAUGUGACAUCGUCCUACCCAAUCAGAUUCGGGAAGAGGAUUCUAAUCGUCAUCCACCUCAGCGUGUUUCGCGUUUCAGCAUCCAACGACUGGACACUAGUGAAAUGAUGAUGGUCAAUAUGCCAAGACGUAGGGCAUCAGUGAAUCACGGCCAGCAGUCAAACGCCAACCGGUCCGAAUUUACCGCUUCUUCUUACGUUACCAUUGAUGAUAUCAAUCUAUCGCAACCUGCACGUCCGUCAGCCAUUGGAGGCAUUGGAAGCAUCCGUGAACAUUCUAAAGGAAUUAGUUUACUGCCGGCUGUUCUCGACCAGAACCGCUACGGAAGUGCGUUAAAAGCUCACCUGCGUGAUAGCGUCCGAACGAACAGGCCUUUACGACACCAUUUGAGUCGUGAGACUCUACCAUCUUUGGACAACUAUCAAGCGCAUUCCGUUGCAGCACGGGCUACCUUAGACGAAUUGCAUCUCGGGACAGACCAUGGCAUCCAACGGAAUGGAACUUCUGGAACAGACACGGCUGCCACCGGUGUCAAGUUUGGCUGGAUUCAAGGUGUCCUUAUUCGAUGUUUACUCAACAUUUGGGGCGUCAUGCUUUUCCUCCGUUUGUCUUGGGUUGUCGCCGAGGCUGGAAUCGGACAAGCUAUUCUUAUUGUACUGCUGGCCACGGCCGUCACUUCACUUACGGCUUUAUCCAUGUCUGCCAUCAGUACUAAUGGCCAAAUCAAAGGAGGAGGAACGUAUUACAUGAUUUCGCGUUCCCUUGGCCCGGAGUUCGGAGCGGCCAUUGGUAUCAUCUUCGCUUUAGCUAAUGCAGUGGCCGUCUCGCUCCACACGGUCGGUUUCUGCGAAGCGCUAAAUGACAUGUUCAAGGAGCUCGGAGUCCAAAUUGUCGAUGGUGAUAUCAAUGAUAUUCGAAUCGUUGGAUCCGUAACGCUCAUUGUCCUGGCUAUGAUCGUGGGCAUCGGAAUGGAAUGGGAGGCUAAAGCUCAGUUGCUAUUCAUGGGGAUCCUAGUAGUGGCGUUGGCUAACUUUAUAUUCGGAAGUUUCAUUGGGCCAACGGACGCUGAGAAGUUUUCGAAGGGCUUCAUCGGUUACGACUUUGAAUUGCUGUCGUCUAACUUCUAUUCCGACUAUCGCGUUUUUGAUGGAUUCCAGCAGAAUUUCUUCUCCGUCUUCUCCAUUUUCUUUCCAGCCGCCACAGGCAUUUUGGCUGGGGCCAAUAUCUCUGGCGAUUUAAAGGAUCCUUCAGUGGCUAUCCCUAAAGGCACUUUACUAGCCAUCGCUGUGACGUCCGUUUCGUACAUCAUUUUCGCCAUCAUCGCCGGAGCUACUGUACUUCGUGAUGCCACGGGAAUUUCGACUGAUUAUAACGACACGGCUACUCUGAAUAACUACAUCGAACUGUGCCUGGAACAGGAUUGCGAAUGGGGACUGCACAACAGUUUCCAAGUCAUGACUUUAGUCUCGGCUUUUGGGCCUCUCAAUUACGCCGGAUGUUUCGCCGCAACGCUCAGUUCGGCUUUGGCCUGCUUCGUUUCGGCUCCUAAAGUGUUCCAGGCUUUAUGUCAAGAUCGUCUCUUUCCCCAUUUGCAAUAUUUCGCUAAAGGUUAUGGCAAGAGUCAGGAGCCUCUUCGUGCCUACAUCUUGACUUUUAUCAUCGCCUUGGCUUGCGUUCUCAUCGCUCAACUGAACAUCAUUGCUCCGCUAAUUACCAACUGUUAUUUAGCAUCUUACGCGCUCGUUAAUUUCUCCACCUUCCACAUUGACCUGAUCCAACCUGUAGGAUGGCGUCCUACCUUCCAAUAUUAUAACAAAUGGCUCAGCUUAUUAGGCUGCGGUCUUUCCGUGUCGGCAAUGUUCUUGUGCAGCUGGCCCACGGCAUUGGUGACGUCCACUGUCGUUAUGACGUUGUUUCUUAUUGUCAAAUAUCGUAAACCAGAUGUCAACUGGGGUUCUUCUGGUCAAGCUCAAGUUUACAAGACAGCCCUUAUCACUGUUCAACAACUCAGUAAUAUCGAAGAUCACGUUAAAACGUAUACUCCGCAAAUUCUCGUCAUGACCGGUUUACCUAAUAUGCGUCCAUCUCUGGUCGACUUUGCCUACCUUCUUUGCAAAAACAAUUCUCUAAUGGUCUGCGGUGAUAUCUUGAAGGAAAGACAAAAUCAUAAACAACGUUCUCUAAGGAUCAAAAAGUCUUCGUGCUGGCUGCGUGCUCACAAAACGAAAGCAUUCUAUUCGUUAAUGGAUAAUUUAUCGUUCCCGAAUGGAGUCGGAGCUCUGCUGCAGGCCACGGGAGUUGGGAAAAUGAAGCCUAACAUUCUGUUACUCGGUUUCCAAAGUGAAUGGCGUACAAACAAAAACGACGAAAUUGACGAUUACUGUGCCGCUAUCAACACGGCGUUGGAAAUGAAUGUCGCAGUUGCGGUUCUACGCGUCCAGGAAGGGCUCGAUUACACGGGAAUCAUUGGGGACUUUGUCACGGAUGAGUUUAGCAAUGGAAAACAAAAGUCGGAAGGUAUCGACAACCCUCAGUAUAUUAAUACAUUAGACGGUAGCACAGCAUCAACUGGAACACCAUACACCAUUACUGGAAGUAUGGCCAGCUCCGUUUCCGAAUACACGCUGGAUGAAACGCGAGGUGGCAAAAUUAGGCGGAACAAGAUAGCAUUGACACCCAUGGAAAGCAACAUGACUUCCGUCUCUUCAGUGGAACAGAAGCGGAUGAAAAAAUCGCGUGUCUUAUUCAAGGAUCCUCAAGGUAACGAAUUACCUGCCGAAGUGCAGUACAGCCUUUUUCGUUUCCGUUUGAAGCAAAAACGGGGCACCAUCGAUGUGUGGUGGCUCUAUGAUGACGGUGGACUCUCGAUGUUAUUGCCCCACAUCUUGACCACACGUUCGAACUGGGCCAAUUCCAAAUUACGCGUAUUCUGCCUGGCGGAAGCCAACGAAGAGCAGCACAGCAAACAGCAAAGCAUGAGGCUAUUGCUGAGCAAAUUCCGCAUACCUGUGUCCGACGUGGUUGUGAUCCCCGAUAUGACAUAUCCUCCAUCCUCACAAACGAAAAACUGGUUCGAUGCACUGACUCACGAUUUCGUACGCAAAGAUGACGAUUCGACCAAUCAAAAUUCCAAUGCUCCAAUCAUUAAAGAAUCAGAGCUGAUGGCUCAGAAGCCGAAAACGUUCAACUUCAUGAGACUCAGAGAAUUGCUACUGCAGUAUUCUACCGAAGCCAAUCUCGUAGUAAUGACUCUGCCUAUAUCGCGAAAAGGAACAGUCAGUGGCCCGCUCUACAUGAGCUGGCUGGAAACAUUAACGGCCAAUAUGCCACCAUUCUUGCUUGUUCGUGGCAACCACACAUCCGUCCUCACCUUUUAUUCUUAACUUU